AUGGCAAUAUCUCAACCUAUUUUAUUAGCUCUCUACCUAGUGUGUAUCGUCACCCAACAUAUUGUAGUGCUCUGUGUAAAUUUGGACGGGUCCCAGGAUGAUUUCGACACGGAAGGAUUCCCAGGUGUUCAGUAUGAAUUCAAACUUCAAGUUGAAGCCGGAACCGAGGAGUGCUUUUAUCAGAAAAUUUCUAAAGGUUCCAAACUACACGUGUCAUUUGAGGUUUUACAAGGUGGUGAUUUAAAUAUCGAUUUUUAUUUUAAAGAUCCUCAUUUUAACCUGAUUGAUUCUCAUAUGUAUAAAAGUAGUGGUGGAAUAGAACAUGAUAUAAAUACAGCAGGAACGUAUUCUAUAUGUUUAGACAAUAGUUUUAGUCAUUUCACGAGUAAAUUAGUCUAUUUUUACCUAGUAACGUUUAUACCUGAAGAAUGGAGUAAAUAUGUUAUAGAAAUUAGUGAUGUGCACGCUCUAGCUGAAAAUUAUACGGUAACAGUAUUAUUAACCGGGGUUCAAACGUCGAUCUCUGAAAUGAGACGAUAUCAAUCUCAAUCUAGAUUUAGUGUAAUGAAGGACUGGUAUUUAAUUAAAACUAAUAAUGAAUAUAUACAGACAUGGUCCAUUAUACAGUGUUUGGUUAUCAUUUUCACCUCGUCUUUAACCGUUUUCUUCGUCCGUCGCCUGUUUAAAGUAUCUACUGUCACUCCAUCCAGCAAACCUCGUGCCUAA